AUACUUUGACAAACAUAUUGGCCCUGUACUGUAUUUAAUGAAUUUUCGUGAGUUUAUGUUUAGAGGUGUUUAUGCAAUUGCAGUGAUACUGGUACAAUCUUCGAACAACACAAUUAUGACCGAGGAAAUCCAGAGUUUCAGAAACAAAAAAAAUCACACUUGGACUGCCGAGGAAGAUAAGAUAUUGGUCGAAUGUAUGACUGAAAUUGCACAUCUUUGGAGAGGUGAGAACGGGUUCAAACAAGGUUUCUCUAAUGCACUUGAGAGGAUGAUGCAUGUGAAGAUACAUGAUUGUUCACUUAAAGAAAAACAGUACAAUGCAAUUUAUGAAAUGACCGGAGGUCCUGGUGGAAGUGGGUUCGGAUGGAACGACUCGAAGAAAAUGAUUGACGUCGAGAAGGAAAUAUUUGAUGACUGGGUUAAGUCUCACCCAACUGCAAAAGGCCUUUACAACAAGCCUUUCCCCCACUAUGAUAUUUUGGGAACCAUAUUUGGCAAGGAUGCAGCAACCGGAGGUAAUGCAGAGACAAUGGGACAAACGGUCAAUGUCAUGGAGUCAAAUACGGGAUGCAAUGCAGAGAGUGUGAAUGUAUUUGACGAUGAUCUAGACCUCACGGGGGACUACAUACCCACACCAUUACCAGAUCCAAUGAUACCAGAAGUCCCAAUUGAAGAAAUUGUGCCGCCCUCAGAUGUGUCUACUGCUACUGCCAAAAAGGGAAAGAAACGUGACAGACCCGAAGAUCCAUUGGUUGCUCCAAUAGUUGAAGUUAUGAAAGAUAUAAAUCAAAACUACCGUGAAGGUAUUGACAAGCUGGUUUCAUGCUUUCAGCAUCAAGCUCAUGGGAGUAAAAGACGGAUGUCACUUAUGGAAGAGCUGGAAAAAAUUGGAGAUCUGACUGAUUCACAGAUGGUUAAACUUGCGGUGCAGUUGGCAAAUAAUACAACUUUAACAGAUGUCUUCAUGCAAUGCAAUGAUCAGCAAAGGAAGUGUCUCCUGGCUGACUUGCUCAGUAAUUCACUAUAG